AUGGUGACAAAGAAAAGGGCCGUGAGCUUCAAAGAUGAUGAUAGAUUGCAACAUUGUAGUGCUAUAUCUACAAUGUCCCUUGUGCAGACGAAGGCGGAUCCUAAUGCCUUCACUAUUCCAUGUACCAUCGGGUUGUUGCAUUUAGCUAAGGCGUUGUGUUAUCUUGGUGCUAGCAUUAAUCUGAUGCUAUUGUUUAUUUACCAGAGGUUGGGUCUGGGAGAUCCAAAACCAACUGCGAUGCGGUUGCUCAUGGCCAAUAGAAUUGUGAAGAGGCCCAUUUGUGUGCUCCACGAUUUACUAAUGAAAGUGGAGUUGUUCAUCUUUCCGGCCACGAAGCAGAGUAGUGAGAUCCAAUCGGUAUCUGCAAUAACAUAUAGAGUUGAGAAUGGGUCUGAAGUGCAGAUUGAAGAGAGAUUGGGUGUUGAAGCACUAGCAGCGGUUAUGAUGAACUUUGAGAGUGAUGAUAUUGAAGAAUAUGAUGAGUUAGACGCCACAGUUGAUAGGUGUGAAUAUCGUUCGAAACCGAAGAAGUUGGAGUUAGACAUGAAAAAUCGUGAGUCCCCACCCGCAAGACCAUCUGUUGAGGAGGCACCGAAAUUGGAGCUUAAGGCUCUACCAUUACAUUUGAGUUAUGUAUUUUUGGGAAGAGAGGAUACUUUACCGAUCAUCAUUGCGGCAGAUUUGAAUGGGCGACAAGUUGAGGCAUUGUGUGUGCCCAAGAAAGGUGGGAUUACUGUGGUUCCUAAUGAGAGAAACGUGCUUGUUCCGAUGCGGCCCGUGACUGGAUGGAGAAUUGCGCUUGUUUCCGGGCAAACUCACAUCCAAAUGGACCGGGCCAUUUUUGCUCAGAAAAGUGCUCUCCCAUGGAGGGGUUGA